GGUGACGCUGCGCAAAGGCAGGAUCUAAUCUUGGCUUCACCGUCUUAUUUAACACACCCACCCAGAUUCCCACAUGCUACAAGGGGCUCAUUCUCUUAACCAGCCGCGCACUAGAGGUCUCCCUGCCCUGCAACCUGUGCAGAUCACUCCGUCGGCACGCCUUAAAGGCUGAUCUGUCGGCACUCGGUGUGACGGAAUAAACGCGCCUUGGAUCGCCGCAGUGAAUGAGAAGCGCACGCUGUCUGUCGGGGACUUUCUUUAGAAACACUGAAAUGUGACGAGCCGCACUUCUCGUGUGCGUGUGCCUGUGUGUGUGUGUGUGUGUAUGUUUGUGUGUGUGUUUUUCCCCGGCUACAGGAUCGGCUGCACGGUGAGACCGAUGCGCGCAGUCAGAUCUCUGGGGAACGCACGCUCCUCCAAGGAUCGCUCACACCGCGUAUCGCGGCUGCUCCUCCCGGCUCCACUUUCCUGCUGCUCCAGACAUUUUUCGUGCUCUACAGGAAAAGGAGAGCGCCGGCGUGAAGAGGAUGAGGCUUGCGCAUGUCUGCCGGUGGUCUGAACCGACUCGACCUGUUUCACCUGGAGCUGCGCGGAUGAUUUUGCGCCUCUGAAAUCGAAACCUUCUCCAAAAAAAUAAAGAAAAAACAAUAACAACACUCAAGAAUCACGCCGGACUCUUAUGUUGAAAGUAGGCCACAAAGGUUGAACGCUGAAUCCUUUACUCAAGACGGCAAGUGAAGAUGGGUCCUACUUGUUUAACGUGUAUUUCGUCCGAUUGGCGUCCAGUCUGAUCAACAUCAUCAGCGAUGUAGUCAGCCUGUUCAUCUGCGUGCUGAUCAUUUGCAGUAAAUACUCACAUCUGCUCAAAAGGGAGACCAUGAAGAUGAUUCUCCUGCGCAAAUUCCGGGUUUUGAUCCUCAUGGUGUUCCUGGUUGCAUGCUCCAUGCACAUCAUGAUAGACUUGCUGCCCAAGCUGGAGAAGCACGGCGGCGGCGGCGGCGGCGGCGGCUGCUCCUGCUCCCACGCGCCGAGCGAGGAGCCCCGCAGCUGGGGGGGGAAGCAGGGCUGGCCCAACAAGCACACUCUGCGGAUCCUGCAGGACUUCAGCAACGAGCCCAGCUCCAACGUGUCCUCCCACUCCCUGGAGAGGAUCCCGCAGGGCGCAGGUGACAGGGCGCAGGCUCCGGGCCGGCUGGAGCUGCACGGCCAGCGCGCUGACAGGAAGAGGCAGUUCAUCCAAGACGCCGCGGCGACCAACGCCGUGCCGGUCAAAGGGUCAAGGUUGUCUGCUCUGUUCGAGCAUCCCUUGUAUAAAAGGUCCCUGCCGCCUCUGACUGACGAGGAUACUCUCUUCAAUGUAAACACGGACAUCAGAUUUGACCCCAAAGCAGCAGAUGAGCAGUCAUGGACUGGGGAGGGCAACGUGGACGAGUUCAGCCCUACAGGAGAGCUCACGGCCGACUCCUACCCCAACUGGCUCCGCUUCCACAUUGGGAUUAAUCGUUAUGAACUUUACUCCAGACACAACCCUGUCAUCGAUGCUCUGCUGAAGGACCUGGUGACCCAGAGGAUCACCAGCGUGGCGAUGAAGUCGGGAGGUACUCAACUGAAGCUCAUCAUGACCUUCCAGAACUACGGCCAGGCGCUGUUCAAACCCAUGAAGCAGACCCGGGAGCAGGAGACCCCGCCGGACUUCUUCUAUUUCUCCGACUUUGAAAGGCACAACGCCGAGGUCGCAGCCUUUCAUCUGGACAAGAUCCUGGACUUCCGCCGCGUCCCUCCUGUCGCUGGCAGGCUGGUCAACAUGACAAAGGAGAUCAGAGACGUCACACGAGACAAAAAGCUCUGGAGGACCUUCUUUAUUUCACCAGCCAACAACGUGUGCUUCUACGGAGAGUGUUCGUACUACUGUUCGACUGAGCACGCUCUGUGCGGGAAACCAGACCAGAUAGAAGGAUCCCUGGCCGCCUUCCUCCCGGACCUGGCCCUCGCCAAACGCAAGACCUGGAGGAACCCGUGGAGACGCUCCUACCACAAGCGCAAGAAGGCAGAAUGGGAGGUGGACCCAGACUACUGUGAGGAGGUUAAACAGACGCCUCCAUAUGACAGUGGCACACGGCUGCUGGACAUCAUGGACAUGACCAUCUUUGACUUCCUCAUGGGGAACAUGGAUCGCCACCAUUAUGAGACUUUUGAAAAGUUUGGAAAUGAGACAUUCAUCAUCCAUCUGGACAACGGCAGAGGCUUUGGAAAGCACUCCCAUGAUGAGAUGUCCAUUCUCGUACCACUGAGCCAGUGCUGCAGAUUGAGGAAGUCAACCCACCUACGCCUGCAGCUGCUGGCAAAGGAAGAAUACAAGCUGUCCACACUCAUGGCAGAAUCCAUGAUGAGGGACCGGCUCACUCCCAUCCUCAUCCAGCCACACCUGGACGCCAUGGAUCGGCGACUACGCCAGGUGCUGAACGUUCUUUCUGAAUGCAUUGAAAAGGAGGGAUAUAGCUACGUGGUGGAAGACGACUUCCAGGGAAACCAAGAGAUAGACCACGCCCACACUGGUCCGCGACAGAGGUAGCUGCUCGGGGCAGGUGGCUGGACUGGACCGACUCCCUGGAAACAGGAUGCUGGACUGAGCUGAUGCAGUCUCUUUUUUCUUCUUCCUGAAACUGAACUAGCGUCCUGUGACAUAGGCGAGCUCCGCCUGUGCUGCGUUUCUCUGAAAACCCUGGGAAGAUUAUUUAAACUGUGCCGAAGUGAAAGGCCUGCUGAUUAGGACUAGACGCCGACAAGCCGUGUAAAGGUACAGGUGACUUCUGGAUGGAUCUGGGACUGAUCCACCAUAUAUCAUCGAAGCUCCUUAUGAUACACAAACCUGACUG